CUGCCGCGCGCGAUCGUCGCAUAUCCCAUGCGACACCGCAACCCUCCUAAUAUAAUAUGGAUAUACCCCAAAUACGCUCUCUCGUCAACAUUCAGUUUACAUAUCUGUGGUUUUGUGAAGUCUCCGACAAAUAUAAAUGGAUUAUAUUGUUAAGUGACGCCAAAUAAGUUAACAUUCGUAAGUUUUUUCCUCAAACAGAUAAGUGAUGGAAUUUGAGCGACAACGUAGUGAUAAAAAAACACUGUGGAUGUGAACUCUAUUGUGAUCAUAUUAUACACGCGUAGAUUAUAUUAUUUAUUACAUAUUAACGUUUUAUAUUUAUUGUAAAGAUGCAUCGUUAUAGAACUUUAAGAUCGUUCGACGUGCUUCCUCUAUCGAUAGCUAGUGUUUAGUGCGAAGUGUGACUGUUACUAUUAGAGCAUGCUGAUCAAUACUUUCCUGGACACGGAAGAUUUCGUGCACCUGUACUACCCUGAGGAUGAGCCGCCCGCAGCGCAGGGCUGCGGCGCGGGCGCGAGAAUGGCGUCCAAGUACCCGCCACGACCGCCUUCGCCGGAGUACAAAGAGGUGGCAACGGCGUCGAGCGAGAUGAGCGACCGCGAGCGAUACCGCGCGCCGCCGCAGCCGGAGCCGCCGCCGCACCGCGUACGCGCCUCCGACUUGUACCCGCGCCAACGCACACACUACGAUGAGCCCGGAUUGGAUGCCGGCUUCACGCCCAUAUGCGGAGAGUUCGUGCAGUGGGUCGGCAGGACGUCAGAUGGCGGCACUAUAGCCAUGUCCAACUACCGCCUACACUUGCAGCCGAGACGGCGAAACGGCGCUGGCUCGUCAGUGCCCUUAAGAUUAAUAGAUGCCCUGGAGAUCAGGGAUCUACUCUGCUUGAUUGUGCUGUGCAAACACGGACGGCAGCUAAAAUGUUCCUUCAACACAGGCGAGCAAUGUCUAGAAUGGUGGAGGCGGCUCGGUACAGCGCUAACACCGAUCACGUCUCUACAGGAAACGUUCGCAGCGGCGUACGCGGCGUGGGCGAAGGAACAACCGCCCUCGUCGGUGCACAGAGCGCUAAUGAGCGCUUCGCACGCGCCGCAGAGGCAUUGGUUCGGCCCAGAGUUGGAAAGAUUAGGAUUCUCACCAAAAGGUCCAUGGCGAGUGACAGCUGCCAAUGCGGAAUACAAACUGUGCUCAUCGUACCCACCUCUAUUGAUAGUGCCCGCUACCAUCGGUGACGAACAACUGGAGUCUGUUGCACGGUUUCGAGCCAUGCGCCGCAUUCCAGCGGUUGUAUGGCGGCAUCGUGGUACAGGCGCGGUAAUAGCUCGAUCCUCUCAACCAGAAGUGGGCUGGUUCGGUUGGCGUUCCAGUGAUGAUGAGGGGCUGUUGGCUGCGUUCGUAGCUGCUUGUAAUGCGGAUAAGCAGACGCCUAAUAAGCAACUCAAGCUGCUAAUAGUGGACGCUCGUUCCUUCGCGUCAGCGGUGACGAACCGAGCACGUGGUGGUGGCUGCGAGUGCCAGCAGUACUACCCGCACGCGGACAUACAGUUCAUGAGCCUGCCGAACAUACACCACGUGCGCAAGAGCUUCCAGCAGCUGCGGGCGUUGGUCGCCGAGCCGAGCGAUCAGGCCAACUGGCACAGCAACCUGGAGCGGACGUUAUGGCCGCAGUAUUUAUCGGGUAUAGCGCGAGCAGCAAGCGGCGUGGCGCGUGCUGUGUGCGCGGGCCGGCCCGUGCUGGUGCACUGUUCGGACGGCUGGGACCGCACGCCGCAGCUCGUGGCCGCCGCGCAGCUGCUGCUCGACCCGCACUACCGCACGCUCGAGGGUUUCCGCACACUGAUCGAGCGCGAGUGGCUCGACUUCGGGCACAAGUUCGCUGAGCGCUGCGGGCACCAGGUCGGCGGGGAGGACCCCAACGAGAGAUCGCCGAUCUUCUUGCAGUGGCUGCAUCUGGUGUAUCAGCUGAUGCUGCAGUUUCCAUGCGCUUUCGAGUUCAAUGAGGCUUAUUUGAUAAAGCUGGCGACACACGUGCACUCGUGCAUGUUCGGCACGUUCCUGUGCAACAGCCGGCGCGAGCGCGCGGACUGCGCCGCGAGCACGCCGCACGUGUGGCACCUGCUGGCCGCGCCCGCCUACCGCAACCACCUGUACGCGCCCAACCACGACCAGGUUAUCUGGCCGGAAUGCAGCGUGCGUUCAAUGCAAAUCUGGUGGGGAGGCCUAGGCGGGGUGGAGGGCGAAGGUGACGCGGAGGGCGAAGCCCGAGCGCUUGAUCCACCGCCCGCGCCGCUAUUUGCACCAGAUGCUGCGCCCACGCUGCCGCAUAACGGUUUUAUGACAAAAACGCGAUCCUGUGAUAACUUAUUGAAUGAAGGCGAGAAGCGAACGACGCAGCGGCGGUGUAGUGACCCUAGCAUAGCGCCCGAUGUUAUCAAAUUAUCACUUGUAGUGAACGGAAGGACCAUCGAAGGGGAGAAAGAGAAAGAGCGAUCGGAGUGCGGCGUCGCACUCACGGACAGUUGUGUGGAUUCCUUGCCGCAGACUUGUUUAACGCACGCCGAGAGUGAGGAUCAGGUUGUCAGCCUCCACCCGGACUACUUCGACAGCCAACCGCGUGACAUUACCAGCAAUUCUUCAUCGCUCGAGCGAGAACUCGCUUCCGUAGCUGAAAACAAACAGACAGAUGAAAUACCCCUGGUGAACGGUGACGUGAGCGUUGACGUCACGGAUAGUGGCACGCCGGUUGACGAGCGGAAUGUGUUCGACUGCGAUCUAUACACCGAUGUUAUAGAGAUGGCCGAUACAUCAAGAGAAGUUGGCAGAACGAGAAACAUCAGUAUAACGUGGCGAUCUAUAUCAGAAUCGAGCAACCAAUCGUCAACCGGCUUCGACAUCCCAGAGAACUCGCCGCAGAGCCGCAUAGACCCAAGCCCACCGAGAUUAGAUCAAAUCAUAGACAACAGAAGCUCUUCGGACAGAGACACGCCCACCAUAGACAACCGGAACUCCUCCGAUAGAGAAACACCGAUCAUAGACAAUUGCAACUCCACAGAGGGGGACAUAGUCAAUCACAAUGUAGUCAAUGGUUCGACGAAUCAUAAUCGGGAAAACGGUGUCAGUAAUGGCUCUGUUAAUGGAAUUGUUGAUGUUACGGCGAAGUUUUUAGAAGUUGAAUUAAAUGGUGGUGGCGUAUCAUCGAGCGGCGCUAGUUCAGAGAGCGACGGUGAAACGCGCGAGGUUCGAACCUCGGACCCGUCCAGAGGGAGCAGAGUGCCGAGCCAACUCACUCUGUGCCCAGCGUCUCCAAGGCGACCGGCUUGCUGUCAUUGUAGUACAGGUCGGUACAGCGCCGCGUGCUGGUGCGGCGUGUGCGGUGCGGGCGCGGGCGCGGGCGAGUGCAGCGCGGUGGCACGCUGCGUGUGCGGCGCGGGCGCGGCGCACACACACCACUCGCUGGACGGCCUGCCGCCCGCAGACAACCCCACGCAGGCGCGGCUGCACCAGAUCAUAUUGUAUCAGAAGAAAGUGGUAGAAGAGCUGAGCGGUCAGUUACGCGAAGCUCGCGAGGCGUUGCGGCGCGCGUCCCCCCCCGCGCCGCAGACGCGGCCCCCGCCCCCGCCGAUAGACACGCAUACGGUGAGCAGCAGCGGCAGCAGCGGCGCGAGCGGCAGCAGCAGCGGCAGCGCGUCCGAGGUGGAGGUGGGCGAGGAGGCGCGCGGCGUCGUGUGGCUGCCGGACAGCGCCGCGCCGCGCUGCCAGCACUGCCGCAACCCGUUCUGGCUGGCGCGCCGCCGCCACCACUGCAGACUGUGCGGCGGAAUAUUCUGCGGCUCGUGCUCAGAGAUGAGCUCUUGGGGUGAAGUGGGUGCUGUGCGUGUGUGCCGCCGCUGUAGGGCGCUGCGGUGACCGCACAUAUAGCGAACCAAGUGUAUGCAACAUCCGCGAAGAUACAACUAUAUGGUACAGAGAUAGUCCCCCCAUGAUACAUAUAGAAGACAGUCUGGUACAAAAACACCCCACGAUAUAGUUCACUAUGUUACGCAGAAUCACUCGUGAUCGUACAGAGAUAAUCCCCACAGAAUAUGCAGAUAAUAUAGUCCCUAACAACAUAAAAUUCGCAAAGACAAUAGACACGCUCGAUAUGCUACUGAGAUAGUCCCCCAUGAUAUGGUAUACAAACACAGUCAAACGCAAUUAUAUGGUGUGCAGUGCAAGUCCCUUUCGAUACAAAGUUCGCAUAGACAAUAGACAUAUUCGAUAUGAUAUUCAGUCCCUACGAUAUAAUUUAUUAUGGGUAGAAGAUAGUCCCCAUGAUUUGGUAUACGGAUACAACAAUAAUAUGGUGUGCAGCGAAAAUGGGGACUACUUAUUUGUGAAACUAUUUUGUGUAUCAGUUGGACAACCAGUCGAGCGAUCGGUCUGAAGAUUUGCCUGCGAUUUCCAACAUAUUAUGGACAUUGUUCGUUAAUUUAUGUGAACAUUGUGUAACAGUGAUGUGAUUGUCGAUUUUCAUCUGUAUAAAUACCUUGAUAGAAAAUAAUCGGAACAUUUGUAAUACAAGUUGGACGACUAGUCGAGCGAUCGAUCCGAAGAUUUAUUACUUGUGUGUAACUUAUAAAUGAAUUUGUGAAUGAACUGGUGUAGUUGUACUACUAAUCGAGCGAUCAGUCGGAAGAUUUUUAUUUAUUUAUUCACUUGUUUAAGGCUGGUUGUUUUAUUAACGAAUAAAUUCGUUUAGUAGUCUUAUAAACUGACAAGUGUUUUACUUAUCGCUUGAUUGGUUGUCCAAUUUGUCCAAAUGGAAAUAUUUUGAGGUUAAAACGAGAGAGAACACUAAUUACUUAUUUUUUCCAUACUUCGUUACGAUGUUUGUCGACUAGUCGAUCAACCUGUAAUACAACUAGUUGUUGUUUCAUUAAAAUUUCUAAAAGCAUACCAAUCGAAAAAUUGAUCGUUUGCUAAACUAUCUUUCGACACAAACAAUAUAGAUACAGUUUCUACAUGUUUUUCGGGUACUCAAACUCAACGUCGACUCAAAAUAGAGUUUGAGUAUUCGAUUUACUCAACUAUCGAUGAUCAACAACCAUUAUCGUUUAAAACAAAUGAAUUAUAAACCGCGUAACGUUCACGAAAUAUAGAAUUUAUAUUAAAAUAUAUAAAAUAUUUACCUCAUUAAGAAGCAAUAAUCGGUUACCGUGGCUUUUUCAAUUUUGUACAAAUAUAUACUUUAUUAAUAUAUUAUUGUAUAUUUUAUAGUAUAUUGAAAUACUAUUCGUGAAGGACGUCCGUUGUUUAUUGAAUUCUAGUUGCUUCAUAACAGAUACAACACCAAUAUUAACAUUAUCGGGAAUUUAUUUAGUGUACAUACUUCAUAAUAUCCAACUUUGAACUACGUCCAAACUUUCUGUAAAACAUUUCAUGGCUUGAAUAAAAGAAAUUAGGCAAAAAUAUCUGUCAAUUAAUGAACAAAAAACUCAAAAUACCGGCCCAAUUCGCAAAUUCCGAAAUUUAUCAUUGACAGUAGAUUACGUCCGUUUAUUUUAUGUCCGAUAACGCAAAAGAGAGAAAAACGUGUCAAUACAAAACACAUAAAAACACGUUUGUUUCUUUAAAAGAGCCUGAAAACCAGGUUAUAGAAAUUCGUAACCUGGUUACAUCUUACCUGCAUUAAGUAUUGAAUACAUUACAUAAUGAUAUAUAUAUAAUAUAGUAAGGACGUAGUUCAAACGGCAGUUUGAAUGCUAGUCAUCUCGAAUAUAUUCCUAAAUGUCCAAAACAUCGAUCAUGACAAUUAUUAUGUCACAGUUUUAAGUGAGAAUUUAUAGUGACAACACUUUACGAGAGUCACCAAAAGUUAAAUUGCAUUUUUUACUCUUAGGCUGGGUUGCAACCCUUUAGCAAUAACAAAUACACUUUAGCAAUAACAAAUAUGUUAAAGUAACGGUUAGGAAAAGUUUAUUGCGCCAUUUGACAAUUUUAUUGAUGACGUCAUAAUUUUAACACUAACUUUAACCGCUCGUGUUUCACCGGUUAAAGCUAAUGUUAACGUCAGAAGCGUCAAAUACAAUAU